AUUCUUCAAUCACUUGGUCACCCACUUGCACCCCCUUCUCCCCUCAGUGCUUUUCCAUUGACACAUCGACACACUCAUUUGACCACUUUGUCAAGAUUCCAAUCUUUUCCUAACCUCAUCGCCCGGUAUACUUUCUUUCUUUCCUAAACUCGUCUCGCUACAUUUUUUUUUUUCUUCCUCGGUUCACAUUGUUCGCACGUUAAUCCGUCACGCUUCCACUAAGACCUUCAACAUUUCAAUGGCUUCUCUUCAAGGAAGAAGACCUGUUAGAGGGAAAAUAAGGCCUCCCCAGAGAAAGGCUGCAGCAGAGUCGCAUUUUGAAAGCACUUGGUCAACUCUUGCCAACGCUAUUACGACUAUCCAUGAGCAAAAGGCUUAUACUCUGUCUUAUGAAGAGGUCUACCGAUGCGGAUACAACCUCGUUAUUCAUAAGUGUGGCGAGCGCCUUUAUAAUGGCACUAAGGAGCUGAUCGAAAAGCACUUGAUGUCAGAAGCCGAAAGCAAGAUCGUCCCUAUACUGGGUAUUGCAGAUACAUCGCCCUCAGAAGGAGUACAGGUCUUAAAAGCAAUACAGAGGCUCUGGAAGCACCAUGUGACUUGCCUUCUAAUGAUUAGCGAUAUCCUUGUGCACAUGAGUAGAUUACCUCGAACAUAUGACAUGGGCCUUUACCUCUUCAGAGACACAGUUAUUCGAUCGCAAAAAUAUCCCAUUCAAUCACAUUUGCAGAAGGUUUUACUUGAGCAAAUAACCUUAGAGCGAAAAGGAGAUAUGAUUGAUCGUGGAGCCAUUAAGGCUUGCACAGAUAUGCUACUUGAGAUGAAGGAGAACAACGGAGCAGACUCGAUCUAUGUGUCAGACUUUGAAACCCGUUUUGUGGAGACGAGCCGCGAGUUUUACCGGAUUGAAAGCGAUGAUCUUGUCAGAAGGUUUGACCCGCCUGAGUAUAUGCGCAAGGUGGAGAAUAGACUGGAUGAAGAACAGCAGCGUUGCUCCCACUAUUUGACGGAAAAGACGGAACCGAAGAUUCGCAUGAUUGUUGAGCAAGAGAUGAUUGCAAAGCAUCUCAAAACAGUCAUGGAAAUGGAAAAUUGGGGUCUGAAGCAACUUUUAAUCAAUAAUCGCUUAGAAGAUUUGGAUCGUAUGUACAGGCUUUUUUCAAGAGUACCCAACGGAGCGAAGGAGCUCCAGUCUGGCGUUUCUAGCUACAUUAAAGAAUGUGGCAAAGCAAUCAAUACAAAUGUGAAGGAAUCAGCGAUUGAAAAUACAGAGAAAGGAAUACCGCUGGGCGUAGCUUUGGCGCUGAGAUGGGUACAGGAAGUUCUUGAUUUAAAAGAUAAAUUCGACACCAUCUUGAACUCAGCCUUUUCCAAAGAUAAAUCGUUUGAAACAGCGAUCAACUCUGCGUUCGAAAUUUUCAUAAACUUGAACUUCAAAGCGCCUGAAUUCAUGUCGCUUUUUAUUGACAACAAACUUAAGAAAGAUUUCAAAGGAAAAUCAGAUGACGAAGUUGAUUUGAUCCUUAAUAAGACCACAACGCUUUUCCGCUUCCUCUCAGAUAAGGAUGUAUUUGAGAGAUACUAUAAACAACAUUUGUCCAACCGACUGUUACAUGGAAAGAGCCUUAGUGAUGAAGCAGAACGUGGUAUGAUCUCUAAAUUGAAGAUCGAGUGUGGCUUCCAGUUCACAUCCAAACUUGAAGGAAUGUUCACGGACAUGCGUUUGUCGACAGAUACCAUGGGAUCAUUCAAAGAAUUCCUUGGAAAAGUAGCUGAUACUCCACCGUUUGAGCUGAAUGUCACAGUGUUGACGUCUACGUUCUGGCCAAUCUCAUCAAUGCCUGUGCCAUGUAAUCUCCCAGUGGACUUUUUGGCUGCCACUAAAGUCUUUGAGAGGUUCUACACUUCACGACAUAAUGGUAGAAAAUUAACAUGGCACAUGACAAUGGGCAAUGUGGAUCUGCGAGCAACUUUCGAUAACAAGAAGCAUGAGCUCAAUGUGUCAACUAUGGCUGCCAUUGUUCUACUUCUCUUCAAUAAUGUACCAGAGGGUGAAUCCCUUUCUUAUACGACCAUCGAACAGGAGACUGGACUCCCUGCAGAGAAUUUGAAGCGGACACUACAGUCUGUAGCCUGCGGGAAAUUUAAAGUUUUGAUAAAGGAUCCAAAAUCUAGAGAGAUUGCAGAAACAGAUACAUUCAAGUUCAAUGCAGCAUUUUCAGAGAGACAGCUACGUAUCAAAAUUCAAACAAUUGCAUCCAAGGUUGAGUCGGCAGUAGAGCUCAAGGAGACGCAGGAGAAGGUAGAUGAAGAUCGCAAGCACAUAGCCGAAGCUGCAAUUGUGAGAGUGAUGAAGAACCGCAAAUCCUUGGAUCACAAUAACUUGAUUACUGAGGUCAUAAGUCAGCUACAAGGGCGCUUUAACCCAGCUCCAUCUAUGAUCAAAAAGCGCAUUGAAGCUCUAAUCGACCGAGAAUACCUUGAGAGAGCUCCUGGAGACAGGACAAUAUACAACUAUCUAGCGUGAGCCCAUCUUGUACCGGUCCCUUUAAAAUCACCUACGACAAAACAGGUUGCCUCAAUAAAAGAGAAAGGAGGUGUACACGUGCUUAUUAUUCUCGUGACCCUACACAAC